ACCGAAGAAGCAUCCGAGAUAAGAAGAGGAGCCCUUCCGCACAGCAGUCCAAGGUAAUGCUUGGGAAAAUGCUUUCCUUUCAGAGAUGUUUAUUUGGAAAUGCUUCUCUUUUGAAUGCAGUAAAAAGGGGAAAAGAGACUUCUCUUAUUACAGCUAAUUCUAAGAUGUUUUUCCAUUGAACUGCAUGCUACUUUAAAGUGUUUAAAAUCCACUUUGAGGUUGUUUUUUACUUUUAUGAGAAUCAGAUGACUUUUAUGACUUUUAGAUUUUCUUUGUUAUACAUUUAGAUUUGAUUAUUUCUUCGCAUAGGUGUUCAAAAGUUACCCAGAUAUUUUUUUACCAGAAUAUCAUGAUUUCUUGCAGUCAUGGGUGUUGAAAGUUGCAUGGAUGAUUUUAAUCCACAUUUAUGCAUCUACUGAUUUGUGCAAUUCUGUUGGCUGAUACACACUUUUUGAGAAAAUUACAAAUCUGAAAUGGUAGAUUAUUUUUUAUAAUUUAGAUAUAGAUUUCCCUAAACUUAAUACAGAUUGAUAAAACUUUUCCAUUGGGCGUGGCUUGAUGCUGCUAGAUCUAAAUCUGUGUUUCCUCUGGAAUUCAGACAAAGCUCUACUGUGGCAAAUCUGAUUGGUCAGCGUUUGUCCCUAGGAUCUGCUAGCCAAUAGAAAGACUCUACAUGUCUUUUCUUUGCUCUGUGUGCCAAACUAGCAAUAGAGUUCUCAAACUUCUGCUCUAAUUAUUUGCGUAGUAAAAGGAAGAUCCGAAAUGUAAAGAAGUCACCUAUUUUUCAUUUUGAACAUUACCUCCUGAUCUGUGUAUAAAACAUGACUUUUGUGUAGAUUAUCUUUAUACACCUCUUGUCUUUCAGAGUGAAAAUCACAAUCGUUGACAACUAUGAGUAUGAAAACCUAUGAAGGUAUCCAAGAUGAUGAAAAAAACAACAAACCAAAAAACUGAAAAAAGACACAAACAAUGCUGAUUUACCAGCUGAUGUUACUUUGCUAAUGGUUAUAUGACACGAAAAGCUUUGUUUAGAAUAUGUUCACAUUUUAUGGCUAAAAGAGUUAAACGUACACAUGAAAGGCGUAUGCCAAGCAGCGCAUUCCUGACUGAUGAGACAAUGCCGGUUGGUGACGUUGCCUUUGCUUAACCUACUGUAAAAACAUGGCCUGAAGGCUUUAUAUCUCACUGUAAGUUUACCAACAAAGGGUGCUUACAUUUUUUAAAUCAAAAUACAAUAUGAAGAUAUUAAAACUGAUAUAAAACCCAUGAUCAAGCAAACACAGUGGAUCUCAUCGCUCCUCGCACAGACACAUAGAACUAUAAAAAAUAGAAUACUUAAAAUGUCGAAUUGGUGCACUAACAAUCGUUUUUCUCCUGCAGACUUCCCUGCUACCCAAACACACAGCAAGCAUGUGGGUGUCCAACCUUAUUGCUCUUUGCCUUGUGGCCGUGGCCGUCUCCGGUGAAGACAAAAAGCUGAGUAGCCAUGCAACCUCUAUGGCUGACACCAGCGCUAACCUAGCCUUCAGUCUCUACCAAAAUGUCGCCAAAGAGAAGAACCUCGAGAACAUCCUCAUAUCUCCUGUGGUGGUGGCCUCCUCUUUGGGCAUGGUGGCCAUGGGCGGAAAAUCUUCCACCACCUCCCAGGUGAAGGGCCUCCUGAAGGCUGAUUCCCUAAGAGACGACCACUUGCACUCAGGUCUGUCCGAGCUUCUCCAGGAGGUGAGCGACCCGCAGGCCCGCAACGUCACGUGGAGAAUCAACAACAGGCUUUACGGCCCCAGCUCUGUGAGCUUUGCGGAUGACUUUGUGAAGAAUAGCAAGAAUCAUUACAACUACGAACACUUGAAGAUCAACUUCCGCGACAAGAGAAGCGCCAUAAACUCCAUCAACGAAUGGGCCGCCAAGUCGACCGACGGCAAGCUGCCAGAAGUUACCAAAGAUGUGAAAAACACAGACGGGGCUACGAUCGUCAAUGCCAUGUUCUUCAAACCCCACUGGGAUCAGAAGUUUCACCACAAGAUGGUUGACAACCGUGGUUUCCUGGUAACUCGCUCCCACACCAUCUCUGUUCCCAUGAUGCACCGCACAGGUCUGUACGAUUUCCUUGACGAUACAGAGAACAAGCUCUACGUGCUAAACAUGCCUUUGGCACAUAAGAAGUCCAGCAUGAUUUUCAUCAUGCCCUAUCAUCUGGAGCCUUUGGAAAGGCUGGAGAAACUGCUUACCCGCCAACAGGUGGACACCUGGCUCAGCAAGCUUGAGGAGAGAGCCGUCGCCAUCUCUUUGCCAAAAGUUAGCUUGGAAGUCAGCCACGACCUUCAGAAAAAUCUUGGAGAACUUGGUCUUACCGAAGCUGUUGACAAAUCUAAGGCAGAUCUGUCCAACAUUUCUGGCAAGAAGGAUCUUUACCUUGCCAAUGUCUUCCAUGCUUCCUCUUUUGAGUGGGACACAGAGGGAAACCCCUUUGACGCCAGCAUUUACAGCAGUGAGAAGAUCAGGAAUCCCAAGCUCUUUUAUGCUGACCAUCCUUUCAUUUUCCUUGUGAAAGACAACAAGACCAACUCCAUUCUAUUUAUUGGCAGGUUGGUUCGACCCAAGGGUGACAAAAUGAGAGAUGAAUUGUAAUUGCCAAAUCGUUAUAAUUGAAUUUUAUGAUGUUUUGUAAUGAUUAUCGUAUCGUGUGCACAUUCCAGUGAGUAAUCCGUGUAUGAUGAACUGUAGUUCAGAAAGUAAAUUUUUGUGAGAUGAAAAAAUGUUUACAAGCUUGUUUUCACUAUACAUCACCUACAAGUAUGAUGUCAUUUGACAUCAAUCAUGUAGAUUAUUCAGUCAUAUACUAUGCUUAUAUUAAGCGUAGUGCCGUUAACGUUAGGAUGUGGUAUUGUGAAAUGUAUGAGUGCGCUUGUAGAACAUUUCUUUAUGAGCAUGUGACAUCAGUGUUGUGUUAUUUUUGCCUUAUCUUUAAUGUUUAAAGGGAAAAGGCACGUCUGAAGCGUUUCUCAAGCUCAUUUAGUAGAUUUCACUUAUACCUGACAACAAAGAAAUCUGAUGUCCAGCCUGUCUAUCAAACCGUUCAAUAUGUCAAAUUAUGUCAUGUAAGGUUGUUUAAUAAGUGUUUACGAUGUGGAUUUUUUUCGUUACCCUUUUUUUUGUUUAAUGUAUUUUUUCUCCAAUAAAUUCAUUUUUUUUCAAAUGUUUAGGUAUUGGAUUCAAAUAAAGGAGCGUUUCCUCUUACAAAUAAAUAAACACCAUUCAAAUCUCA